CAUCAUUAAAAUCUAAUUAGUUGCAUCAAAAUUUUAAUUAUUCAAACUUUGAAGUCAUUACAACAAUCUAUAAUAGAAUAGAUGAAAUGAACCCAUUUGACUUUUUCAAGUAAGGUGUGAAGCAUUACUCAUUAAAGCUUUUAACCGAUCAGUGCCCAAUCUGUGGCAGUUGCAGCCGGCCUUCUCUUCCACUGGCAAUGGGAACCAAAACUGUAACUCUACUAGCAGUGUCAGCCAUCGCCGUUCUUCUGAUCUUCCUCGCCAUCUUGUGGCCAACCGUUGGCUCAAAAAAAGCCUUUUUUAUCAUCGCCGUCUGCGCCUCCGCCGUCGUUCUUGCUAUCCUGAUCUACCUCCUUAUCCACCGCUCCACCUCACCCAUCCGACGCCACUUCUCCGUCCAACGCCGCCUCUCCCUCAGUGCGGAUACCAACCUCCGUCUCCAAUUCAGCUUUCUCCGCAAAGUCGCCGGCUUGCCGGUCAGCUUCCCUUACAAAGACCUCGAAACCGCCACCGACAACUUUAGAAUUCCCGUCGGCCGCGGCUCCUCCGGCUCUGUUUACCGAGGUAUACUCGACGACGGCACCGUCAUCGCGGUCAAACGGAUCGAUCGUUUGGCGGAACAAGGCGACAGAGAUUUCCGCUCGGAGAUCGCCGUCAUCGCUGGCAUCCAACAUGUAAAUCUCGUCCGACUUGUCGGCUACUGCCUCAACUCCGGUGGCAGACAUCGACUGCUCGUAUACGAGUUCGCCCGCCACGGCUCACUCGACAAAUGGAUUUUUAAUUCCUCCGGCGAUGAGCAGCCGCAGCCGCAGUACCUUCCGUGGACGCUUCGAGUUCGAGUAGCCGUUGAAGUGGCAAAGGCGCUUGCUUACCUCCACCAUAACUGCCGAUCAAGAGUUCUGCAUCUCGAUGUCAAGCCUGAGAACGUUCUCCUAGACGAGGGAUUCCACGCCCUGGUGGCGGACUUCGGGUUGUCGAAGAUGAUUGGGAGAGAUGAGAGCCGGGUGAUUACGAGCUUGCGAGGGACGAAGGGAUAUUUGGCGCCGGAGUGGCUGAUGGAAACAGGCGUGACGGAUAAAUCGGAUGUUUAUAGCUUUGGAAUGGUUUUGCUUGAGAUAGUGGGAGGGAGAAGAAACUGUUUGUUGGUGGAGCAGGAAGGAAGUGAUCCGAUGGGGAGGAGGCGGCGGAUCUGGUCGUAUUUUCCGGCUAUGGUGAUGGAGAAGGUAAGGGAAAAGAGAGUGAUGGAGGUCGUGGACGGGAGGAUGGGCAUAGGGAAAGAGGUGGAGGAGGAGGUGAAGAGAUUGAUAAAUGUGGCUCUUUGGUGCAUACAAGAGGAAGGGAAGAUGAGGCCGAGUAUGGAGAGAGUUGUGGAUAUGUUGGAAGGGAGGAUGGGGGUUGUGGAAGCUCCGCCGGAGACGAGUAUGAUGAUGGCGGAGUUUCUCGACGUCGACAUGAUUGAAGGUCCGGCGUCGGCGUUGCAGCAGCUUCGGACGCCGGAAGCCUUGACUUAUUCGUUCUCUACGACGAUUCUCUCCGGCCGGUAGACCCUUUCUUCUUUAAAAAAAAACCAAAGGUUUUUAAUAAUAGUUUUGUAUGAGAUUUUGUCGGCCAGAUAAAAUGUACCGGAAGAGAACUCUUUUAUAUUCAAAGGUUGACUUAUUGUUAUUUGUUGUGAUCUUAUGAAAUUGAUA